AUGAUUUGGUGGGAACAACUAACCACUAGUCGGAGGUGUAACGGUGAACGUCCUAUCUCUACAUGGACCGAAAUGAAGGCGGUGAUGAGGCGACGAUUUAUCCCUGCGUACUACCACCGGGAGUUGCACCAAAAACUCCAAAAUCUCACACAAGGGUCCAAAAGUGUCGAGGAUUACUACAAAGAGAUGGAAAUCGAGAUGAUUCGAGCGGAUGUCCAAGAAGAUCCUGAAGCAACGAUGGCGCGAUUCCUGGCUGGUCUAAAUCGAGAUAUAGCAAACGUAGUGGAAUUACAACACUACAUUGAAGUGGUUGAUAUGGUCCAUAUGGCCAUCAAGGUGGAAAGACAACUCAAGAGAAAAGGCCCAAGUCGAGGGUUUCCCACUUCCAACCCUUCAAGGUGGAGCCAAGGAUCAAGUAAAGGACACGCUAAUCCAGCGAGGGAAGGAGACCACAGUACCUCCAAAACCAACAAGCCCAUCGCCGAAAUGAACAAAGGCAAGGCACCCGAAUCGUCAUACAAUCGAAAUCGGGAUAUUAAGUGUUUUAAGUGUCUCGGAAGAGGCCACAUAGCAAGCCAAUGCCCAAAUCGAAGGACCAUGGUCUUGCGAGCCGAUGGCGAGAUCGAAACUGAGGAUGAGGAGGAGAAAGAAUCUGAAUCAGCUUCUGAAGUCAAGGAGGACGUGGAACAACCCAUGGAAGGAGAACUACUUGUUGUAAAACGAAGUCUAAGUCUCCAAGGCGCGGAGAAUGAUCUUCAACGAGAGAAUAUCUUCCACACUCGGUGCCAAGUCGGAGGCAAAGUCUGUAGCGUCAUUAUCGAUGGAGGCAGCUGUACCAAUGUAGCAAGUACCAUGAUGGUUGAAAGACUUGGUUUACCUACUACCAAGCAUCCGAGCCCCUACAAACUACAAUGGCUCAACGACGGAGGAGAGCUUAAGGUAACGAAGCAAGUACUUGUCUCAUUCAACAUCGGCAAGUAUUCGGAUGAAGUUCUUUGUGACGUCGUACCGAUGCAUGCGGGGCAUUUGCUACUUGGCCGACCGUGGCAGUUUGAUCGACGAGUUCAACACGACGGGUAUACCAACCGGUAUACAUUCAAAUUCAUGGGAAAGAAUGUGACGUUGGCGCCAUUAACUCCCAAACAAGAAGCAUUAAUUUCUACUAACGAUUUACCCGAUACCCUACCCCCUCCUAUUUUGUCUUUGUUGCAGGAUUUCCAAGACGUUUUUUCGGAAGAAACCCCGAGUGGUCUUCCACCACUUCGUGGAAUUGAGCAUCAAAUUGAUUUCAUGCCAGGAGCGAUUAUUCCAAAUCGACCUGCUUACCGAGCCAAUCCGGAGGAGACCAAGGAGUUGCAAAGACAAGUCAAUGAGCUGAUGGAAAAAGGCUACAUUCGCGAGAGCCUAAGUCCCUGUGCUGUUCCCGUAUUAUUGGUACCGAAAAAGGACGGAACAUGGCGCAUAUGCGUGGAUUGCCGAGCCGUUAACAAGAUAACAAUCAAAUACCGUCAUCCCAUUCCUCGCUUAGAUGACAUGUUAGAUGAGCUUAGUGGGGCCAAAGUGUUCUCAAAAAUCGAUUUGAAGAGUGGCUACCACCAAAUUCGGAUACGAGAAGGAGACAAAUGGAAAACAGCAUUCAAGACCAAGCACGGACUAUACGAAUGGCUGGUUAUGCCUUUUGGCCUUACCAACGCUCCAAGUACGUUCAUGAGACUAAUGAACCAUGUCUUAAGGCCUUUCAUCGGAUUUGUAGUUAGUGCGGAUGGUCUUGAGGUAGACCAAGAGAAGAUUAAGGCCAUACGAGAUUGGCCAAGGCCUCACGAGCGCCAACAUAAGUUGAACCGAUGCCACGCGAAGUGGGUUGAAUACCUUGAGUCGUUUCCGUAUGUCAUCAAAUAUAAGAAAGGUAAAGAUAAUAUUGUGGCUGAUGCGCUUUCAAGAAGGUAUACUCUGUUAUCAUAUUUGGGUUCUAAGAUUCUUGGUUUUACAUUAUUAAAAGAUUCCUAUGUAAACGAUUCCGAUUUUGGAGAGAUAUUUGUUUCUUGCGAGAAAGGUCCUUUUGAAAAUUUUUAUAGGUACGAGGGCUAUCUUUUUCGAGAAGGUAAACUAUGGAUUCCUUGUGGAUCUGUUCGAGACCUAUUAGUGCAUGAGGCGCAUAGUGGCGGGCUUAUGGGACACUUCGGAGUCAAUAAG